AUGAGUGUUGCACAUGUGUUACUAGGCCGGCCUUGGCUUUAUGACCGCCGUGUGAAAAGUUGCAGCAGAGAGAACACCUACACUUUUCAACAUGAAGGAAAGAACAUAAUGCUAAAGUCUUCCAAUCCGGCCAUCAAACCAACUAAGGAUGUUCAACCAAAAGAGAAGGCUUCUGAGCAUCGGUUGAGUAUUUUAUCACCUGUAGACUUUGCUCAUGAACUGCAAGACACUGGCGUGGUCUUUGCUUUCUUGCUUAAACCAGCAUCUGAUUGCACCCCCACUCCACUUGUCGAACCCAUACAACAACUCCUCACCGAAUUCUCUGAUGUCAUACCUGAUGACUUACCAGAUGACCUACCUCCAGCAAGAGAGAUUCAGCAUCCCAUUGACCUUGUUCCUGGUUCACAAAUUCCUAAUCUUCCCCAUUAUCAUAUGAAUCCACCUGAACGAGCGGAAUUGAAUCGACAAAUUCAGGGGUUGCUGAUCUUCACAGUGGCUACCAUCAGAUCCGCAUUCGGGAAGGAGAUGAGUGGAAAACCGCGUUUAAAAACCCCUGAUGGCUUAUAUGAGUGGCUUGUUAUGCCCUUUGGCAUGUCCAAUGCACCCAGCACGUUCAUGAGGGACUUUCGACUUCCUCUGGAGCAAAACAUAAUCAAAUGGACGAAUUUUGGAGUAAUUCCAGUUGGAGGACGUACGUGA